CGUCGGCACUGAAGGCUGAGCACCCAGGUGGGGCCCCGCCCUCGUCGCCCUGCCCGGUCUCUGCAGCGGGGCCGGGGCCGGGCGUAGCACGGCGGCGGCAAGGGGCCGGGCCGGGGCUGCGGGAGGCGGAGCGGCUCCUCUUCCUCCUCCUCCCAGCCGGGCCACCGCGGGGGGCUGCCCGCAGCAUGUCGGGGGCCGGGCCGAGGACUGUGAUCUGCCUGCUGCGCCACGACCUGCGUUUCCACGACAACGAGGUACUACACUGGGCUCAGAAUAACGCAGACUAUAUCAUUCCUCUCUACUGCUUUGAUCCAAGACAGUACCUAAGAACCUAUUACUAUGGUUUCCCAAAGACUGGGCCUCAUCGGCUCAAAUUUUUACUGGAAAGCGUGAAGGAUCUAAGGCAAACACUCAAGAAAAAAGGAAGUAAUUUGGUGGUAAGGAAAGGGAAUCCGGAAGAUGUGGUUCAUGAUCUUAUUACGCAGCUGGGCACCGUUGCUGCCGUGGCUUUCCAUGAAGAGGCGACGAAAGAGGAGCUGGACGUGGAGAAGGCGCUGCAGCGGGUGUGCGCUCAGCAUGGGGUGAAGAUCCAGACCUUCUGGGCAUCCACUCUCUAUCACCGGGACGACCUGCCGUUCAGCCACAUUUCCAGGUUGCCUGAUGUCUAUACCCAGUUCCGAAAAGCAGUGGAGGCUCAGGCCAAAGUCCGUCCCACUGUGCAGAUGGCAGAUCAGCUAAAGCCUCUGGCCCCAGGGGUAGAAGACGGAUGCAUCCCCGCGCCUGAGGAGUUUGGACAGAAGGAUCCCCUGACGGAUCCGCGAACAGCCUUCCCCUGCAGCGGAGGAGAGACCCAGGCCUUAAUGAGGCUGCAGCAUUAUUUCUGGGAUACGAACCUAGUGGCAUCUUACAAGGAGACGCGAAAUGGACUGAUAGGAAUAGAUUAUUCAACCAAGUUUGCACCAUGGCUGGCGUUAGGCUGUAUUUCACCCCGAUAUAUUUAUGAGCAGAUCCGGAAGUAUGAAAAAGAGAGAACUGCAAAUCAGAGCACAUACUGGGUCAUAUUCGAACUCCUGUGGAGGGAUUACUUCCGAUUUGUCGCCCUGAAGUACGGGACAAGGAUUUUCUUAUUGAAAGGACUGCAGGAUAAAGAGGUGCCUUGGAAGAAAGAUCCCAAGUUAUUGGACGCUUGGAAAGAAGGAAGAACGGGGGUUCCUUUUGUAGAUGCCAACAUGAGAGAGCUAGCAGCGACGGGCUUCAUGUCCAACAGAGGGCGCCAGAACGUUGCCAGCUUUCUCACCAAGGACCUGGGGUUGGACUGGAGGAUGGGGGCAGAGUGGUUUGAGUACCUGCUGGUGGACUAUGAUGUCUGCAGCAAUUAUGGAAACUGGUUAUAUAGCGCUGGAAUUGGAAACGAUCCAAGAGAAAACAGGAAGUUUAACAUGAUUAAACAAGGCCUGGAUUAUGACAGCAACGGAGAUUAUGUCCGACUGUGGGUUCCAGAAAUACAGUGUGUAAAGGGAGGGGAGAUACACACACUCUGGGCGCUGAGCAACGCAGCUCUCUCAGAAGCUGGGAUAGCUUUAGGGGAGACCUAUCCACUGCCAGUCGUCCUGGCCCGGGAAUGGAGCAGACAUAUCAAGCAGAGGCCUAACAAGAGAGACCAUCCUCCGAGGGGAAGGAAAGAUCCCUCCGACACGCCAAGACAACACAAGGACAGAGGGGUGGACUUUUACUUCUCUCGCAACAAAGAUUUAUCGUGAAGACAGUCCCUGCACUUCUGGAGAAGUGACUCUGCCUGCUGAGAACUCCAGCUGACAAUGGUUACUAUUCAUGGCUAACUUCUCUCUCUCAUUACUAUCUAAGCAAACCAAGGGUGACAUCCUAGACACAUUGAAGUCAAUGGAGUUUUGCCAUUGACUUCAACUGGAUCAAGAUUUUGACCUCUAAUCUUUAGGAAAUUGUUUUCUUAAUGAGCCAGCUGAUUGGGAUUCAGAAGGGAGCUGAAGUUCUUCGUCCUUUGUACUUUUAAGAAUCCCGUGACACCUUUAACAAGAACAGAGGUGUUAAUCUUGUAUUCUGGCCAAAUUCGAGUGGGUGGAAAUUACACCACCAAAAUGCCCCUCAAAAAUCAACUGGAUGUACUAAGGCCAGAUUCUCAGAUGGUGUAAAUCAGCAUAAUUCUAUUGAAUCAGUUAAGCUACACUGAUUUACACCUGUUGAUAAUCUGACUUGGUAUUUUUCACUUCCUGCUUUUAAACUGUUGCUGUGAGCUGUUAAACAGCUAAUGUGUUCUAUCCCAGAGAUGGGUGAUGAGUGACUUUGUAAAGUGCUUUUGGUUGAAAGGGGCUUCAUAACUAAGUAAUUAUUAACUGUAACAGUAGGGUCAUCUUGUUAUUGUCAAGUGGUCAGACUGCUUUUCCAGUGCCUUUGCUUUGUACUGGGGCUUAUAGCUGUAGCCAGAUUUCUACCUCAUGUUACAGACUGGAGAAGGUGUUCACUUUUUUAUAUAUUGGAAAUAUAUAUACUGAAUUUCCUUACGCUAACAUGCUUUAGGGUGUAAAACUUAAAAACAUUGUUCCAUAGUACAACUUAAACCUUUGCAUUGGAUGUUUUUACUUUCCUGAUUUCCUCUCUUCUGAUAGAGAUCAGAAGGCAGAAUGACUGAUCUGAGGUGCCAGAAUCAUAGAAUAUCAGGGUUGGAAGGGACCUCAGGAGGUCAUCUAGUCCAACCCCCUGCUCAAAGCAGGACCAACCCCAACUAAAUCAUCCUAGCCAGGGCUUUGUCAAGCCUGACCUUAAAAACUUCUAAGGAAGGAGAUUCCACCACCUCCCUAGGUAACGCAUUCCAGUGCUUCACCUCCCUCCUAGUGAGAAAGUUUUUCCUAAUAUCCAACCUACACCUCCCCCAUGGCAACUUGAGACCAUUAUUCCUCCUUCUGUCAUCUGCUGCCACUGAGAACAGUCUGGAUCCAUCCUCUUUGGAACUCCCUUUCAGGUAGUUGAAAGCAGCUAUCAAAUCCCCUCCCAUUCUUCUCUUCUGCAGACUAAACAAUCCCAGUUCCCUCAGCCUCUCUUCAUAAGUCAUUUGUUCCAGUCCCUUAAUUAUUUUUGUUGCCCUCCACUGGACGUUUUCCAAUUUUUUCACAUCCUUCUUGUAGUGUGGGGCCCAAAACUGGACACAAUACUCCAGAUGAGGCCUCACCAAUGUCGAAUAGAGGGGAGCGAUCACGUCCCUCGAUCCUGUUCUCUUUGACCAUAUCCUCCAUAGUGCUUUAGGUUCACCUUGGAAUCUGAUGUGGAGUCACUGUGGUAGUUCUGUUUGCCUGUGGCAUCAGCCUGAAAGUUUGAG